AUGGCCUUGAAUGCGGCAUCGCACAACAUCACUGGGGACCCGACAGGCUCUCCAUCAGGACCCCCUCCGCCAGUAUCCUCCGAUAUUGCUGCCAUAGCCAAGGGUGCUGCCCAAAAGGAUUCGAUGGGCCAGAAUGUGCCCGGAAAGGAUCUGCAAGGCAAUGACGAGGGUCAAACCGUAAUGGGCGAGGCGGGCAAGCCGAAGACGGCCAAAGAAAGUAUGCAAGACACCGCUGAAGGACCGCAUUGA